GAGGAGGAAUGGUCAGACAAGCCUUUCACGCGGGCUUAUAGCCAGAUGAAGAACACUGACUUGGGCGAUGAGCACACAGCUCGAAUGCUGCUGAGCAGGUCGUGGCUGCGAGAUGUGAGCAUCGUAGCACACAGCCCAGUCUUUGCGGAUGAAGCCCUGAUGAUCUUCGUCCAACUGGUUCUCAACGACAUGAGGGCCUACCUCAAUGGUGAGGUGGUUGUCACAGCCGGGGAAGACUGGAAGCCUGUUUGGGAGGUGAUGGGCGCGAUUGCAACGGGGAUCCUCCUUCUGGGAGGUCUUGCGGGCUUCUAUCUGCGAAGCCGCGGCAAAUCGGCUCGACAGCUAAGGCCAAGCGAAGUGGAGCUUCAACACGUGCCCUUCAGAAAUGCUUCCUGA